ACGAACCACAGAACCAAAGGCAAUGCAACCACCAUGCACUUUUUCCACAUCUUCAUCGUUUUUAUAACAUUGCUUGCAUGUGUCAGGAUGGAUGAUAUAGAUCCCACACCACCCCCAGUGAAAGCCAAAGCCACAGUGAGUUUGGGAAAGCCGCGGCUGUUCUCAGGGGAAGAUGUGCAGAUGACUUGCAGUGUCCCAGAUGACCCUUCAUCCAACUGGACGUAUGAGUGGUUCCAUGAUGGUGAACUCUUGAGCGCCACAGAAGUGUACAGUUUAAACAAGGCACAAGUCCUGCAAAGUGGAAACUAUACCUGUAAAGGAUUGAAGACGAUAAAAGCUUGGCCCUAUAUAGUGCCAUCAAUUCCAAGCGAUCCUCUUAAAAUACAUGUUGAUGGUGGUUGGGUUCUCCUACAAACCCCAUUUGAGCCAUUAAUUAUUGAGGAAAACAUGACUCUGACCUGCCGUGUCCGUGAUGACCCCCUCCUGUCAAAUGUGAUCUUCUACAAGGAUGGGGUGGAGUUCAAUAAGCAGAAAGGCACAGAUGUGGUGUUCACCAAACUCACGCUUGAGGAUGCUGCCAUUUACUCAUGCAGGGCCACAUGGAUUAAGAACAUGGAAUAUCAGUCUUCCCAGUCUCUGCCUUCUUAUGUGACUGUAUUAGAUAUAUUGGAAACUCCCACGAUGACGAUUGUCGGAGGUCGGGGUAGAGUAAGGAGUGGGAACAAAGUGGAAUUCAGAUGUAUUACCAAAGUAAAUGCUAGAGAACAAGACCUGAAUAUAGAAUACUUCUACUUAAAAAAUGGCAACAGGCUAGGACCUGCUUCUGCCAGAGACACAUACGCCAUCUCAGAGGUGAACAUAAAUCAUACCGGAAACUACACCUGCAAAGUCCGUAUAAGGGCUCUGAAUGUGGAGCGGUGGAGUAACCAGGUAAACCUGAAGGUCCUGCCUCCUCUGAACCUGUAGACCUUGGGAUGUAAGUUUCUGAGAGCCAGUGUACCAAUGCUCCAGCCCUGGAAUGCACAAAGCAACACAGCUAUUCAGCUAUCAUCCAAGUUCUUCACUAUUUUAGAAUACUCUUGCAUUGUUCACUGUUUUCUGCCUUUCUCCCAUCCAUGUGAUCACAAUUCUGACCUUUAAAUGUAUGUUAUAUACUGGAUUGAUGAUGCAAAUUAUAUUUUGAAUCUGAGAAACUUUUAUACCUUUUAUUUCAUUUUACAAGAACAGAGAUAUAUCCUUAAAUAACAGUUUUCCUAUUUGAUUUGAAUACAUAUGCAUGAUUGGCUUAUUUAAAUCUUAAAAUGCAAUACUAUUUUACUUUGGAAACUAUGUGUAAUAAAUGUUUUUUUUGUUUUUUUACAAUCUAUCAAUAAACACAUGGAACACAUGA